GCUGGAUGUUUCAUGUUUCUUUUCUAGUUCCUUACCUUAGAAGCUGGUUGUCGUCCUAAGGUACCUCAUGCCUUCCCUACCAUCCCGUCCCGUCCGUCCCACAGCGUCAAGGUUCUCGUAGGUAAGUUAGGUAUUGGAACGUAAGGUAAACAAUGGAAAGAUCGCUCCUACCCCAGCCAACCUUAGGCACAAGGAAAGGUACCUUACAAGUUACAACCCAGACCCAAUCCCAAUCCCAAUCCCAAUCCCAAACUCCAACCCUACCUAGUGCAUGGUCUCCACUGCUACUCUUGGUAACUGGAACGACUUCUCGCCUCGUCCGACGUCCAGCCUCGAAUCUCUCAUGCAGCACAACAAAGUCCCGUCUGUCUCUGUCUCUCCCUAGUCGUCGCCGUCCCAUCCCCGUCCCCAUCCACGUCCCUUUCCCGCCGCCUCGCGCAGUAACAGCUGCCUCCAUACCCCAAGAUGCUGUUUUUAAACACUCUAUUCAUGGGUCUAGGUGUAUUCCUGGCGUCCUCGGUCAGUGACGUUGGCGCUUUCUGCCAAUGCGGCUAUCGGUCUCUCAUCAACUCAACCUUAACCAUCGAGAACUCUAAGGCGGUCACUCUGUCUGCUGGAUUUUCUCGUGGUAGUGAUAUCGACAGCCAUCUUGGCGCCGUCAAUCUGGCCACUACCACCCCAUACGUCUGGACUGAUCUUCUGGAGACCGACUUUUUGCACCUGGAUGACAUUGCAAAGGACACGGAUUGGCAACGUCAAAACUACACCGUCACUGCUCAAUCUGCCCGUGGUCCAUUUGGUAUGCAAUUCGUUUCCGACAAUGUCAAGCUGAAUCAUAUCAACGAUCCAAUGAACUGGACUGGCCCCGGAGAGCUGGGAGGAGACCCAGGCCUACGACUCACAGUUAGCGCAAGCGCAACAGUAGAUGGGUUUGUACGUUGCGCUCAGCUCAACACGGCCCGCGAGGAUAUGUUAUGGGGCAGUUACAGAGCCCUGCUCAAGCUCCCAUCUGUGUCUGGGACCUGCAGUGCCUUCUUCUGGUAUUUCAAUGAUUCCCAGGAGAUUGACAUGGAGCUACUUUCAAGCCAAUUCAACCGAAACAACAAUAGUUUCCUAAUCAAUCUCGUCCAUCAGUCUCCUCAGUCUGCAUCACAAGGUUUCAGCGUCAUCGGAAAAGACUACAAGGUUUCAUCUCUGCCUUUCAAUCCUACCACUGGAUUUCACGAAUAUCGAAUCGAUUACCUUCCAGACCAGAUCCUAUUCUUCGGUGAUGGGCAAGUCAUUGGAGUUAUGAAUAGUACUGUAUCACCUCAACCUGGACACUUGAUUCUCACACAGUGGUCCAAUGGAGAUGCAGGCUGGUCAGGAGGUCCACCGCUUGAGCCCGCGGUUCUGUUGGUCGGUUAUGUUAAGGCAUACUUCAAUUCCUCAAGUCCUGCACGACAAGCAGAUGCCUUGAGACGGUGCUCUGAUCCCAAUCAAGCAGCCGCAAUCUGCGACAUCGAGGAUUAUAGGAGCCCCAUCAAUAUGUCGAGUCCUGCGACAAAUGAUCUACCUCUUCCAGAGAUGGUGUCCGAGUUCUUCUUCAAAAGUCCGAAUAUGACCGUAAAUCAGACCGUAUACAGAAAUAGAGGCUCUCAACGUCCGCUCCCUUUCAUCCUCACAGUGCUGGGUACAUUAAUCCCAGCUCUGCUGUGUGUCAUAUGCAGCGGCGCGUUCGUCGAUCGGACGAACGCCAUGCGGAGGAAAACCAAGGAUUUGGCAGCAAAACUCCGAAAUCAGCGUCUAGUUGCCACUGCGAACACGAAGAAGAAACCGUGCAAACAUAAUGGUAAACGAUGAUAUAUUUUUGCUCUUCUUGUACCUGGGGAACUGUGGAAGCUGGUACGAUGCUAGAUCUGAUGCUGCGCUUGAGGUAUUUAGAUGUUGUAAAACCAUAGGGGCUAUUCGAUGCGUAUUGGACUGGCAGAUAGGAAUGAGUAUGCUGAGGAAUGAGUAUGCUGAGGAAUGAAUAUACUGAGGAAUGAAUAUGCUGAGGCAUGAAUAUGCUGAGGAAUGAAUAUGCUGUGAUAGGAAGACUGCCC